GAUCAUGUAUCGUUUCGACAAUGUGGUGUCUGUUUUUGAUAAGUGUGGGGAUAGGAACUGUGAUUGGCCAAAAUGAGGAAUCUCUGGUGGUGAAUAUAAAACAAGGACCAGUCCGCGGGUACAAGCAACCAGACAGUAACGUGUUCGCCUUUUACGGCAUCCCCUAUGCCACUGCGCCUACAGGAAGGCAGAAGUUUAUGCCGCCUCUCCCUCCACCUGAGUGGACAGAAACGUUAGAAGCAGUGCAAAGACACAUAGUAUGUAUACAACCCGGCUUUCCUAACACUCAAGAAGACUGCUUGGUUGCAAACGUGUACGUUCCUCACACAAAUCAGACCAAUCUUCCAGUCAUGGUCAUAGUGCACGGAGGCGGAUUCCAAUCAUUGUAUGGUUCUAUUCUACAUCCUACAGCCUUAGUUAAUUCUACUAAUAUGAUAGCUGUCUCAUUUAAUUACCGGCUUGGAGCGCACGGGUUCCUCUGUCUAGGUACCGAAGAAAUACCCGGUAAUUCUGGCAUGAAAGAUCAAGUGGCAUUGCUGCGAUGGGUACAAGACAAUAUUGCACAGUUCGGAGGUAAUCCCAAUGACGUCACAAUUGAGGGAUGCAGCGCCGGCAGUGCAUCCGUUGAUCUUUUAUCCGUAUCGCCGAUGGCAAAAGGCUUGUUUCAUAAAAUCAUAGCAGGUAGUGGCAGUAAUGUUGCGACGUUUGGAGUACAACUUGAUCCCGUGGAGAAUGCAAGAAUCUACGCUAGAGCUCUCAAUUUUGACCGCGUAGAUGAUCUAGAUGCUUUGGAAGAAUUUUAUAAAACAGCACCAUAUGAGACAUUGCUUUCGGACAUUGAAGCCAUAACGGUUAGGCCAGAUUCUAUGAUAUUGUUUGGACCUUGUGUGGAAGCUGAUCUAGGAUCCGAGAGAUUCCUUGACGAUGCUCCUUUCAAUAUAUUGCGUCAACAAACCACUACGAGAUAUCCAAUGUUAUAUGGAUUUACGAAUUUGGAUGGAUUACUACACAUAGACCAUUUUGAUAAUUGGAAAUCUAUGAUGAACGAAAGGUUUUCUGAUUUUGUACCAGCUGAUCUACAUUUUGAAAACAACGAGGAAAAAGAAGAUGUUGCUGCGAAAAUAAAACAGUUUUAUUUCGGUGAUGAAGAUGUGAGCGAAAGUAACAUUUUAUCGUAUAUAGAAUUUAUCACUGACACAAUAUUUGCACAGCCGAUGCUGCGAAAUGUAAGACUGCAUUCUGAAUUCGGGGACAAUCCCAUGUAUAUAUACGAGUACUCAUAUUGGGAUAACAAUACAGAUUAUGUUCCUCACACGACUGAACGUGGCGCUAACCACUGUGAUCAAGUGAUAGCAGUGAUGGAUGAAAACGUCACUGAUUCAACACUAGCAUACAUUGAAAUGAAGGAAAUUAUGAGGGAGAUUUAUAGUAAUUUCAUUACAUUAGGAGUUCCAGUGCCCGAAGGAUCAUCAUUACCAGCCUGGCCACCAGCCGACGUCCAACGUACUCCUCACAUGUCCAUAGGCUCCAUCCUACAGCUUCAAGGAUCGCCAACCCAGUCCCGAGCGGACUUCUGGGACGAAAUCUACGACAAGUAUUACAAGGCACCCAUUCCCCCUAGAAGUUCGGCAUUCCAGUUAAUUUUCAGCCCAUAUUUUGUUAUUGUGAUGUUGGUGAUUAAUAUUAUGAAAUAAAUAGCCAAAAAGUUUAUAA